AGGGAAAGGAAACCUCCCCCUUUAAAACCUCGUCUCAUCCUCCUCCUUCCGCAGCCGCCGGCGCAUCUCUCCUCUCCCUCUUCAGCAGGCCGCAAGAAAGGACGAACAAAGAAGAUGGAAUGAUCAUCUCCGGCACUGCCACUGUGGAGGUCAGGUCAUACAUACUAGGAUGACGCCAUUGAACAACCACUAGCAUCCUACUCUUCUUCUUCUUCUGGAAGAUGAACAGAGACACGCAUGUAGCAACGAUGGCCAAGAACCCCAAGGUGUUCUUCGACAUCCUCAUCGGCAAGGCCAAGGCCGGCCGCGUCGUCAUGGAGCUCUUCGCCGACACGGUCCCCAAGACGGCGGAGAACUUCCGCUGCCUGUGCACCGGCGAGAAGGGCCUGGGCACCUCGGGGAAGCCGCUGCACUACAAAGGCUCGGCCUUCCACCGCAUCAUCCCCACCUUCAUGUGCCAGGGUGGCGACUUCACCCGCGGCAACGGCACCGGCGGAGAGUCCAUCUACGGCGCCAAGUUCGCCGACGAGAACUUCAAGCUGCGCCACACGGGCCCCGGCGUGCUCUCCAUGGCCAACGCAGGCCCCAACACCAACGGAUCCCAGUUCUUCAUCUGCACCACGCGCACGCCGUGGCUCGACGGCAAGCACGUCGUCUUCGGCAAGGUGGUCGACUGCUACGGCGUCGUGGAGAAGAUGGAGGCCGUCGGCUCAGAGAGCGGCUCCACCGCCGACAGCGUCCUCAUCGAGGACUGCGGGCAGCUCGCCGAGCAGAGCAGCAGCUGAAUUCUGGUGAUGGCUGUUCAAGUCAUUAGGAAUAGUAAGAUAAAUAAAUUUAAAGUAUUUUCAGAAGUUUAGUAUUUCAGAGACUUUGGCCGAUGUGUACAGUUUAAGUUUAAGUUGAAACUAAAUCCGCAUCUAUUGGUAGA